AUGCUGGGGCCACAUGGAGCCCUCUGGGUUGGCCAGUCGCCACCCAGCCCUGUGCUUCCUGUCUGUUCUCCUUGGAGACUGGAGCUGUACAGAGCCGGGAUGGUGGAUCGAGUGGCAGUGGCAUACUUAGCUGGCUGGGAUAUUGUUUUGGUGGGAGGUAGGCUGAGCCAUGGUUAGGUUAUGCGUCUGGGCUGGGGUGUAUUAUAUUGUCUGGGCCUGGCUGUAUUGUGUGGGAUCUGUUCUGUACAGAUUGAAAGAGGAUCUAUUAUAAUUUCUGUUAACCAGACAGGAGAGAUCAUGGAUUUAGAAUCCACAUAGAGAACUUUCUCUUUGCAGGCAACUGGAGAGGAGUAGAUAAAAAAAUCCUAGGAAGGAAAUAGGCGCGACUCUCGCUCGCAAUUGAAUACUUGAUACUUUAUUAUCUACUUUGAGUUCUCUAUGCAGAAACCACAUAUACAUACUCUACAGAUAUAUGGCUGUCAAUUAAAGCUGAAAGAUUCAGGUUGUGACAAACAUUGGUCUUGUUGUCCUUGACAUGCAUGCACACUAACACAAUCUGCAUUUCUAAUCUGCACCUCUCUCUCUCGAUCUCUCUCUCUCUCUCUCUCUUUCUCUCUCUCUCUCUCUCUCUCUCUCUCUCUCUCUCUCUCUCUCUCUCUCUCUCUCUCUCUCUCUCCUCUCUCUCUCUCUCGUCUCCCUCUCCUCUCUCCUCUCUCUCUCUCCUCUCUCUCUCUCUCUCUCUCUCUCUCUCUCUCUCUCUCUCUCUCUCAUUGAUAGCUGUAGUGUGUGGGUGUGGCAUAUAUACUAUAUAUACAAAAGUAUGUGGACACCCCUUCAAAUGAGUGGAUUCGACUAUUUCAGCCACACCCAUUGCUGACAGGUGUAUAAAAUCGAGCACACAACCAUGCAAUCUCCAUAGACAAACACUGGCAGUAGAAUGGCCUUACUGAAGAGCUCAGUGACUUUCAACGUGGCACCGUCAUAGGAUGCCACCUUUCCAACAAGUCAGUUCGUGAAAUUUCUGCCCUGCUAGAGCUGCCCCAGUCAACUGUAAGUGCUGUUAAUGUGAAGUGGAAACAUCUAAGAGCAACAACGGCUCAGCCACGAAGUGGUAGGCCACCCACAGAACGGGACCGCCGAGCGCUGAGGCGCGUAGCACAUAAAAAUGUAUCUGUCCUUGGUUGCAACACUCGUUACCGAGUUCCAAACUGCCUCUGGAAGCAACGUCAGCACAAUAACUGUUCGUCGGGAGCUUCAUGAAAUGCGUUUCCAUGGCUGAGCAGCCGCAGACAAGCCUAAGAUCACCAUGCGCAAUGCCAAGCGUCGGCUGGAGUGGUGUAAAGCUAGCCGCCAUCUGUCAAUCCAACGGUCGAAUCUGAGUUUGGCGGAUGCCAGGAGAAUGCUACCUGCCCGAAUAUAAAGUUUGGUGGAGGAGGAAUAAUGUUCUGCGGCUGUUUUUCAUGUUUCGGGCUAGGCCCCUUAGUUCCAGUGAAGGGAAAUCUUAACACUACAGCAUACAAUGACAUUCUAGAUGAUUCUGUGCUUCCAAAUUUGUGGCAAUAGUUUGGGGAAGGCCCUUUCCUGUUUCAGCAUGACAAUGCCCCUGUGCACAAAGCGGGGUCCGUACAGAAAUUGUUUGUUUAGAUCGGAGUGGAAGAUCUUGACUGGUCUGCACAGAGCCCUGACCUCAACUCCAUCGAACACCUUUGGGAUGAAUUGGAACGUCGACUGCGAGCCUGGCCUAAUCGCCCAACAUCACUAAUGCUCUUGUGGCUGAAUGGAAGCAAGUUCCCGCAGCAAUGUUCCAACAUCUAGUGGAAAGCCUUCCCAGAAUAGUGGAGGCUGUCAUAGCAGCAAAGGGGGGACCAACUCCAUAUAAAUGCCCAUGAUUUUGGAAUGAGAUGUUCAACGAGCAGGUGUUCACAUACUUUUGGUCAUGUUGUGUAUCUGACAGUAGCCACACACACACUGACAGUAUAUUGUGGUUUUGCUUGAGAGCCUUGUUAAUCAUUUAUGAUCAUAAACCAUAUUAUGUUCAGAACAUAAUCUAUUGUUACCUAUCUUGGUGUGUGUGUGCCUGUUUGCUACUGUGCUGCUAUAUUCCACUGGCCGUCUCAAGUCUUUCUCCUUCUCACACAUGCACGCACGCACGCACGCACUCAGCACGCACCCCACCCUUACAAACAUACUCCUCCAUAACCCUACAACUCCCCCAUAGGGAGUAACAUUCCUGGAACUGUGUCUCCACUUCUCUAUCCAGUUCUCCGUCGCUCUAACCUUCCCCCCGUCCCUCCCUCCCUUCCUCUCUCCUUCCCCCUGCUCUCCCUCCCUUCCUCUCUCCUUCCCUCGGCCCUCCCUCCCUCCCUCCCCCCCUCUCUCCUUCCCCCCUGCUCUCUCUCCCUUACUCUCUCCUUCCCUCUGCUAUCCCUCCCUUCCUCUCUCCUUCCCUCUGCUAUCCCUCACUUCCUCUCUCCUUCCCUCUGCUAUCCCUCCCUUCCUCUCUCCUUUCCCCCUGCUCUCCCUCCCUUCCUCUCUACUUCCCUCUGCUAUCCCUACCUUCCUCUCCUUCCCUCUGCUAUCCCUCCCUUCCUCUCUCCUUCCCCCUGCUAUCCCUCCCUCCCUCUCUCCUUUCCUUCCCCCUGCUAUCCCUCCCUCCCUCCCUCUCUCCUUCCCUCUCUCUCCCUCCCUUCCCUCUGUCCUUCCCUCGCCUCCCUCCCUUCUCUCCUUCCCCCUGCCCCUCCCCUCCUCCCUCUCUCCUCCUUUCCCCCUGCCUCUCUCCUCCUCUCUCUUUCCCCCCUGCUCUCCCGCCCUCCUUCCCACACUCUCUACCUUCCCUGCUCACCCUCCCUCACUCUCUACCUUCCCUCCUCUUCCCCCUCCCUCCUCUCCCUCCCUCUCUACUUCCCUGCUCUCCUCUCUCCUCACUCUCUACCUUCCCUGCUCUCCCUCCCUCACUCUCUACCUUCCCUGCUCUCCCUCCCUCACUACCUUCCUCUCUCCUCCUCCUCUCCUCCCUGCCCCCUCCCUCUCUACCUUCCCUGCUCUCCCCCCUCCCUCACUCUCUACUAUCUCCCUGCUCCCCUCCCUCCCUCACUCUCUCUCUCCUCCCUCUCACCCUCCCUCCUCCUCUCUACCUUCCCUCCUCUCCCUCCCUCACUCUCUACCUUCCCUGCUCUCUCUCCCUCACUCUCUACCUUCCCUGCUCUCCCUCCCUCACUCUCUACCUUCCCUGCUCUCCCUCCCUCCCUCUCUACCUCCCUGCUCUCCCUCCCUCACUCUCUACCUUCCCUGCUCUCCCUCCCUCACUCUCUACCUUCCCUCCUCUCCCUCCCUCACUCUCUACCUUCCCUGCUCUCCCUCCCUCACUCUCUACCUUCCCUCCUCUCCCUCCCUCACUCUCUACCUUCCCUGCUCUCUCUCCCUCACUCUCUACCUUCCCUGCUCUCCCUCCCUCACUCUCUACCUUCCCUGCUCUCCCUCCCUCCCUCUCUACCUUCCCUGCUCUCCCUCCCUCACUCUCUAUAUUCCCUGCUCUCCCUCCCUCACUCUCUACCUCCCCAGUCCCUCCAUCUGUUACUCCCUCUCUCUGUCCUCCCACCAUCCCUCUCCCAGGUCUUUUCCCACUAGCUCUCUCUCUCCUUCCCAGCUCUCCCUUGUCUUUCAUCACUUAUCUUCUCUUUCACUUUCUCCUUCCUCUCUUUUACUUGUUUAAAGUUGAACCCUUCAUGCUUAACUUCAUGCUUUUCCACCUACCAUUUUCAUGUCCACUCCCUCCUUUCUCACUUUUGUCUUUCUUUCUUUCUCUUGUUUGUUUUCUUUUAGAGGUCAGUCUCACGUCCUGUACCAGUCCCCCUUUCUCCUUUGUCGUUUCUCUGCUUUGCUUUAGUUUAUUCUCUCUCUCUCUCCUUCACUUUCUCCUCCCUUGACCAUUUAUUUGUUUACAUCUCUCCUCUCCUCUCCUCUCCUCUCCUCUCCUCUCCUCUCCUCUCCUCUCCUCUCCUCUCCUCUCCUCUCCUCUCCUCUCCUCUCCUCUCCUCUCCUCUCCUCUCCUCUCCUCUCCUCUCCUCUCCUCUCCUCUCCUCUUCAGCCUCUUUUGCUUCCUUUUGUUUUCAUUUCCGUCCCUCUUUCUCUACCGCCGCUUUAAAACAACAUUAUGACGGUGUCUGUUUCUCACACACACACAAACACACACACACACACACACACACACACACACAGUCCUCUAUACAGACGACAAGCUGCAACGCACACGCACACACACGUCUUCCCAGCCUCAGUAUCACUAUUGAGUGGCAGGAAGUGCUGGCUAUCAGGGAGCUCUUCACUUCCUGCUUCAGACUGAAGGACUGAGCUCAGGAAAACAAAGGCCCCGGUGUCACUCUUUGGAAAAGGAAUGGAGACCGGGAGAUGGUGUUUGUGUAUGUGUGUGACUGUGUGUGUGUGUGUUUACAACACAGUGUGUAUGAACCAUUCAUUUCAAUUAUUUUAGCAGCCCCCACCCCAUUCUGUCAGUGCCACUGUGUAGCUGUUAUAACGUCAUUAUUUCAUCAAUGCAACAGUGCCAAGCAUUCACAUUUCUCCCUGUUUGUUCACCCUGGAAUCUCCAAAUCAUACAGGCUGAAUCCCAAAUGGUACUCUAUUCCCUAUUUAGUGCACUGCUUUUGACCAGGCUCAUAGGGCUCUGGUCAAAAGUAGUGCACUAUAUAGACGGGUUGGUUGUUUAGUAACAAAACUGACGUGUGCGCAACUAUGGGGAAAAACACACAGGGUUGACUUAGACUGUUGACAACAUGUAAACUAUAUUUAGUCUCCAAAUGUUUAUUGAAAACAUAAAUACAUUUGCACAAUGAGCACUUGUUGUCUCUCAAAUGCAUCGUUAUAGUUGUUGGCUAGCUAGCUAGCGAAUUUUAGCCAUAUUAUCACUGACAUCAGUCAAAACACCUCUAAACAAGACAUGGUAUCAGAAACAAGAUACAACUAGCUGAAACAAGCCACCUACG